UUUUCCCCCCUCCCUCUCACCCUCCUCUCUCCUCUGCUCGGUUUUAAUUGGGAUUAAAAUCAUGAAUUAAUAAAUGGAGCCAUUUAAAGCGGACCUCUAAGUUUAGCAGCACCGGUUUCCAGGGGGAGGUGUUGAUGGGUGGCCGCUGAGAAGCCUCAACCGGUGUGUGUCUGAGCAGAGCCGCUUGUUGUGGGUUUUUUUUUCUUUUUCUGCUGAUGGGAGGUGGUGUAUCUGGAGGGGAAGACAUGAUGGCCGCGACUAAUUCACCAGACUCUCGUUUGUGGAAAAUCUGACGUUCUCAAAGUGUCGCUUAUCGGAUUUAACAUCAUCAGCAUGGCUCGAUGUGAAACCGGUUAAGCUCCCUGCCUCAGCUGAGCCCCUCGCUGCCCUCUGAAGGAGCAGGAUGAGAAGAUGGCACAGCUGCUUGUACCGCCCGGACCUGACAGCUUCCGCCCCUUCGUCCCCGAGUCGCUGGCCGCCAUCGAGAGGCGCAUCGCCGAGGAGGUGGCUCGGAGACGGGCGGAUCGCCGCAGUGACACUGACGAUGAAAAUGGGCCAAAGCCGAACAGCGACCUGGAGGCGGGGAAGUCGCUCCCCUUCAUCUACGGGGACACGCCUCCCCACCUGGUGUCCACCCCUCUGGAGGACAUGGACCCCUACUACAGCAAUCAGGAGACCUUCAUAGUAUUGAAUCGCGGGAAGGCAAUCUUCCGUUUCAACGCCACUCCUGCCUUGUACAUGCUGACCCCUUUCAACCCUCUAAGGAGGAUAGCUAUUAGAGUUUUAGUGCACUCGUUGUUCAGCAUGUUGAUCAUGUUCACCAUCCUGACCAACUGUGCUUUCAUGACCCUCAGUAAUCCGCCAGACUGGGCCAAGAAUGUAGAGUACACGUUCACGGGGAUCUACACCUUCGAGUCCCUCAUAAAGAUCCUGGCCAGGGGCUUCUGCGUGGGGAAGUUCACUUUCCUGCGAGACCCGUGGAACUGGCUGGAUUUCAGUGUUAUCCUCAUGGCGUAUAUAACAGAGUUUGUAAACCUAGGCAAUGUUUCCGCUCUGCGCACGUUCAGAGUAUUGCGAGCUUUGAAAACUAUCUCGGUGAUUCCAGGCUUGAAGACGAUCGUCGGCGCGCUGAUCCAGUCGGUGAAGAAGCUGUCGGACGUGAUGAUCCUCACCGUGUUCUGCCUCAGCGUCUUCGCCCUCAUCGGCCUGCAGCUCUUCAUGGGCAACCUGAGGCAGAAGUGCGUCCGCGUGCCAGUUGCCGCCAACGCCACCAACAGCAGCGACGGCGACAUCGGUGCGUGGGAGUACAACGCCACCAACACCUCCUUCAACUGGAUAGAGUACAUCAACGACAAGAAAAAUUACUACGUCCUCCCUGGCCAGAAAGACGCUCUGCUCUGCGGGAACGGCAGCGGUGCCGGGCUCUGUCCAGAGGGCUUUAGUUGUAUCAAAGCGGGUCGUAAUCCAAACUACGGCUACACCAGCUUCGACACCUUCAGCUGGGCCUUCCUCUCCCUCUUCAGACUCAUGACCCAGGACUUCUGGGAAAACCUCUACCAGCAGACGUUACGAGCGGCGGGGAAGCCCUACAUGAUCUUCUUCGUGCUGGUGAUCUUCCUGGGCUCCUUCUACCUGGUCAACCUGAUCCUGGCCGUGGUGGCCAUGGCCUACGACGAGCAGAACCAGGCCACCAUCGAGGAGGCCCAGCAGAAGGAGGAGGAGUUCCAGGCCAUGCUGGAGCAGCUGAAGAGGCAGCAGGAGGAGGCACAGGUUGCCGCGGCAGCAGCCAUGGAGAGCGGAGAGUACAGCGGCAGAGGGGGCCCCACCUCCGAGUCCUCCUCGGGGACGUCGAAGCUGAGCUCCAAGAGCGCCAAGGAGCGACGCAACCGGCGGAAGAAGAGGAAGCAGCGGGAGGAGGAGGAGGAGAGGGGCGCCCGAGACAAGUUCCACAAGUCGGCGUCCGAGGACAGCAUCAAGAGGUCCAGCUUCCGCUUCUCCAUCGAUGCCAACCGGCUCUCCUAUGAGAAGAGAUGUUCCUCACCCAACCAGUCUCUUCUCAGCAUCCGUGGAUCCCUCUUCUCGCCUCGGAGGAACAGUCGUGCCAGCUUGUUCAGCUUCCGCGGCCGGGCUCGAGACAUGGGCUCCGAGAACGACUUCGCCGACGACGAGCACAGCACCUUCGAGGAGAGCGACAGCCGCCGGGGCUCGUUGUUUUUGCCGCGUCGCCUCGAGCGUCGCUGCAGCGCCGUCAGCCAGACCAGCCUGGGGGCGCCGCGGAUCAUGCUUCCCGCCAACGGCAAGAUGCACUGCGCCGUCGACUGCAACGGCGUGGUGUCGCUGGUCGGCGGCACCUCUGUGACAACCUCUCCUGUAGGUCUCCUGCUGCCCGAGGGGACGACUACAGAUACUGAGCUGAAGAAACGCAGGUCAUUUCACCAGCCGUCCAUGGAUUAUUUAGACGAACCAGGGGGCCGGCAGAGAGCCAUGAGUGUGGCCAGUAUCCUCACCAACACCAUGGAGGAGCUUGAAGAGUCAAGGCAGAAGUGUCCACCCUGCUGGUACAGGUUUGCCAACACCUGUCUGAUCUGGGACUGCUGUCCUGCGUGGCUGAAGAUCAAGGAGGUCGUCAGCAUGGUGGUCAUGGACCCGUUUGUGGAUCUGGCCAUCACAAUAUGCAUUGUCCUCAACACCCUGUUCAUGGCCAUGGAGCAUUACCCCAUGACUAAAGAGUUUGAUAACGUCCUCUCAGUCGGAAACCUGGUGUUCACGGGCAUCUUCACUGCAGAGAUGUGCUUCAAGAUCAUCGCCCUGGAUCCUUACUACUACUUCCAGGAGGGCUGGAACAUCUUUGACGGCAUCAUCGUCAGUCUGAGUCUGAUGGAGCUCGGCCUGGCCAACGUCGAAGGCCUGUCUGUGCUCCGGUCGUUCAGAUUGCUGAGGGUCUUCAAACUGGCCAAGUCCUGGCCCACCCUGAACAUGCUGAUCAAGAUCAUUGGUAACUCGGUGGGCGCUCUGGGAAACCUGACGCUGGUGUUGGCCAUCAUCGUGUUCAUCUUUGCCGUGGUCGGCAUGCAGCUGUUUGGAAAGAGCUACAAGGAGUAUGUGUGUAAAAUCGCUGAUAACUGCCAGCUGCCCCGCUGGCACAUGCACGACUUCUUCCACUCCUUCCUCAUCGUGUUCCGGGUGCUGUGUGGCGAGUGGAUCGAGACCAUGUGGGACUGCAUGGAGGUGGCGGGACAAACCAUGUGUCUGAUCGUCUUCAUGAUGGUCAUGGUCAUUGGAAACCUGGUGGUUCUGAAUCUCUUCCUGGCUCUGCUCCUGAGCUCGUUCAGCGCUGACAACCUGGCGGCGACGGACGACGACAGCGAGAUGAACAACCUGCAGAUUGCCGUGGGCCGGAUCCGGCGGGGCAUCGCGUUCGUCAAAACCAUGGUGCGGCAGUUCCUCCAGAGCCUCUGCUUCGGCGGGGCCGGUAAGGGCUCCGGUCUGGCCGAGGAGAGCAAACCGCUGGACGAGCUGCACAGCAACGGCAAGGGCAACUGCAUCUCCAACCACACUUCAGUGGAGAUCACCAAAGAGCCCAUCGGGGUGUACAUGACGGAGGGCAACGGGCGGCCGGGAGGAGGUCUGGUGGUGGGGGUUGGUGGGGACGCUACGGGUAAAUACCCGGUGGAGGAAUGUGACUACAUGUCAUUUAUUCAUAACCCCACCCUGACGGUGACGGUGCCCAUCGCUGUGGGCGAGUCGGACUUUGAGAACGUGAACACAGAAGAUUUCAGCAGCGACUCGUCUGACGUUGAGGGCAGCAAAGAGAAGCUCGAUGCAGAGCCCAAGCCUCCGAGCUCGUCGGAGGGGAGCACGGUUGAUAUCCGGCCCCCAGGAGACGGGGUCGAUUCGGUGGAGCUGGAGCCGGAGGAGUCGCUGGACCCAGAGGCCUGCUUCACAGAGGGCUGUGUUAGCAGGUUCCAGUGCUGCCAGAUCAAUGAGGAAGGAGGCAAGUAUAAGAGCUGGUGGACUCUCAGGAAGACCUGCUUCAUCAUCGUGGAGCACAACUGGUUUGAGUCCUUCAUCAUAUUCAUGAUCUUGCUCAGCAGUGGAGCUCUGGCGUUUGAGGACAUUUAUAUCGAGCAGCGGCGCACCGUCAAAACAAUGCUGGAGUACGCAGACAAGGUUUUCACUUACAUCUUCAUUCUGGAAAUGCUGCUGAAGUGGGUGGCAUACGGCUUCGUCAAGUACUUCACCAACGCCUGGUGCUGGCUCGACUUCCUCAUCGUAGACGUGUCCUUGGUCAGCCUCGUAGCCAACGCUCUGGGCUACUCUGAGCUCACCGCCAUCAAGUCUCUGAGGACACUGCGAGCUCUCCGGCCCCUGAGGGCCCUGUCUCGGUUUGAGGGCAUGAGGGUUGUGGUGAAUGCACUGCUGGGAGCCAUUCCUUCCAUUAUGAACGUGCUGCUGGUCUGCCUCAUCUUCUGGCUCAUCUUCAGCAUCAUGGGGGUCAACCUGUUUGCAGGGAAGUACUACUACUGCGUCAACACCACCUCGGAGGAUGUCUUCCCCAGCAGCGUCGUCAACAACAAAACCGACUGCUUGAACUUGAAGAACGAGAGCGCCCGCUGGAAGAACGUCAAGAUCAACUUUGACAACGUUGGGGCCGGAUAUCUGGCUCUGCUGCAAGUGGCAACAUUUAAGGGUUGGAUGGACAUCAUGUAUGCAGCGGUGGACUCUCGAAAUGUGGAGGACCAGCCUGAAUAUGAAGUAAACCUGUACAUGUACCUCUACUUUGUCAUCUUCAUCAUCUUUGGCUCCUUCUUCACCCUCAACCUGUUCAUUGGCGUCAUCAUCGACAACUUCAACCAGCAGAAGAAAAAGUUUGGAGGUCAGGACAUCUUCAUGACAGAAGAACAGAAGAAGUACUACAAUGCCAUGAAGAAGCUGGGUUCCAAGAAACCACAGAAACCUAUACCUCGUCCAACAAACGCAUUUCAAGGCUGUGUGUUCGACUGCAUCACAAAGCAGGCCUUUGACAUCGUGAUCAUGAUCCUCAUCUGCCUUAACAUGGUGACCAUGAUGGUGGAGACGGACGACCAGCCGCCAGACAUGGACAACAUCCUCUACUGGAUCAACCUGGUCUUCAUCGUGCUCUUCACUGGAGAGUGCAUGCUCAAGAUGAUCUCUCUGCGCCAUUACUACUUCACUAUUGGCUGGAACAUAUUUGACUUUGUGGUGGUGAUUCUCUCCAUUGUAGGUAUGUUUUUAUCAGAAGUUAUCGAGAAGUACUUUGUGUCCCCGACACUGUUUCGAGUGAUCCGACUGGCCAGGAUUGGCCGCAUCCUCCGCCUUAUCAAAGGUGCAAAGGGCAUACGGACGCUUCUCUUUGCCUUGAUGAUGUCACUUCCUGCCCUGUUCAACAUUGGCCUCCUCCUCUUCUUGGUUAUGUUCAUCUACGCCAUCUUCGGCAUGUCCAACUUCGCCUACGUAAAGCGAGAGGCAGGAAUCGACGACAUGUUCAAUUUCGAGACCUUUGGGAACAGUAUGAUCUGUUUGUUUCAGAUUACGACGUCGGCCGGGUGGGACGGCCUGCUGGCACCCAUACUGAACAAGAGGGAGCCUGACUGUGACAGCCAGAUAGAGCACCCCGGCAACUAUUACAAAGGCAACUGCGGCAAUCCAUCAGUAGGCAUCUUUUUCUUCGUCAGCUACAUCAUCAUCUGCUUCCUCAUCGUGGUCAACAUGUACAUCGCCGUCAUCCUGGAGAACUUCGGCGUGGCCACAGAGGAGAGCGCCGAGCCUCUGAGCGAGGACGACUUUGAAAUGUUCUAUGAAGUGUGGGAGCGCUUUGACCCGGACGCUACUCAGUUUAUGGAGUACAGCAAGCUCUCUGACUUUGCAGAUGCCCUCGAUCCGCCACUGCGGAUGCCCAAGCCUAACAUGAUCCAGCUCAUCUCCAUGGACCUGCCAAUGGUCAGCGGCGAGCGCAUCCACUGCCUCGACAUCCUGUUUGCCUUCACCAAGCGAGUGUUGGGCGAAGGUGGCGAGAUGGACGUGUUACGUGGACAGAUGGAGGAGCGCUUCAUGGCCUCCAAUCCCUCUAAAGUGUCUUAUGAGCCCAUCACCACCACCCUGCGCCGCAAACAGGAGGAAAUGUCGGCCAUAAUCAUCCAGAGAGCCUUCCGCCGCUACAUGAUCUGCCUGGCCAUGAAGAAGGCCUCCGCCCUCUACAAGGAGCAGCUGAAGGAAGGCAUCCGCGACCCCGACAAGGACGUCAUGAUCAUCAGUAAGUUCAACGAGAACUCCACCUCGGACAAAACGGACAUGACCCCGUCCACCGCAUCUCCACCUUCCUACAACAGUGUGACGAAAUCAGACAAGGACAAAUAUGAAAAAGAAAAUAGGGAAAAAGAAAACAAAGGGAAAGACUUGAAAGACCGAAAGAAAUAGACUCCUUAAAAGGAACAAAAAAAAAAUGCAUCAGAGACAUGAGGGAAAUUUGUUUACAGCUUUUAGAGGGGGUAAAUAGAUGUAUGCUUGUGUGCUGAUUGCUCGGAGAUGAGGAAUGCUGUGCUCGGUAGGUCUAAAGUGCGGUUAUGUCAAACAUGGGGUCUUCUCAAAGGGGAGUAUUGAAACAGAUUAUCCAGCAGACACUGCCAGACGUCGGGUGAAAGAUGGAACAGCCUCUCUGCAAAACGCUUGUGAUUUUCCUAUUGGUUGUUGUUACUAUCUGACACACUUGAGUGUACUGUUAAGUUGUCUGUAGCUAGUGCUGCUGCUACUACUAUAAAUCCAGUGUCUUGAAUUUAACAAUCGCUGUAUCACCUAACAAAUACUCUGCAUUCUUUUGUUACAUUUUUUUUGGGCUGGGGGAGGGCUACAAGAUUUCUUUUGUAAUGAGAAAGAAUGUUUUCUACUUUUUUGUGUCAUUAUCGUGAGAAUGUGUCCACUGCUUUCACUGUUGUAAAAUCACCAAGGGCAGACUCAGUCAAUGCUGGAAACUACAAAAACCGUCUGAAACAAUGCAGGGUCAGUGCCGGAAUGCUCUUGGGUCAACAAGUAUACAACGCUGAAACAACAAACAUGCUAAUGAAGUGCAAUGAACAAAUAUGUUGUGUUCACUGGUGUGCCAUCAGUGAUUGUUGAAACGUGUAUUGUGCUUCUACCUGGACUGCCACGUCACAGUUUCAGUAGAAAAUCUCUAAAUCAAAGAAGCUGAAUGUAUGCAAGCUGAAGGAAUGAGACGCAUUUCAAGAAACUGAUGUUUUGGGAAAUAUGCUUGAUCGCUUUGUUGCUAAGAUUUCAUUGGCAACAUAAACACAACUAUGAUGUCUGUUAAAUAUAAAGCUUGUGCUAGGAGGUUAGUCAGCUUAACUUAGCGUGAAGACUACUAGCAAAACCAAACUAAGAUGCGAGAUAUUGUUGAGCUUUAGACAGAGACAAGCCAGCUGCUUCCCCAGUGCUAGUCUUUAUGCUAAGCUAACGAUGUAGCUGCUCCAGCAGUACUUUACUUACCCUGGUAGUGACUUGAUUAAUAAAUUAGCAUUUUAAAUUCUUGCUUCCCCGAGCUUUGUUAGUAAUACAAGGGUUCCUCGACUUAAGUGAGAGUCCUGUUCCUACGGUGUGAUGUAGGUCGAUUUUCGCCUUAAGUCGGAACUCGGUGAAAAUGUAAACAAAGCCAUUACGUGCAAUAUCAAUCAUUUUACUCGUACAACUACAGGAACGAAAGCAGUCAUUAGCUCACACUGAAACACAACUCGGUAGGAAAAUACUGGCGAAAAUGUAAACUGUAUGUCUGACUUGCGCUCGGGAGCCAUAAUGAAGUUAAUGAAUGUAGCAUAAUCCAAUGUGGCAGCAAAUGUAAACAAAGCCGUCUUCUUGCGUCACGUGACGACGUAUUUGUCCACUCCACUCGCGAACUAGUUCCAUUUAACAAAUUCCGACAUAACGAGAGUCGAGAGCGUUGUAAACCGAGGACCCCCUGUAUAAUGUUCUGUCAAUGUAAAUUUUGCUUCAUGACUAAAUAUCAGCAUUAGCACUGCACACAUUAUGUGCUAUGGAAUGGUAACGUUUGUCCACUACUUAAAACAUUUUAAUGAAGUCUUCAUCGGGAUGUUCUUCCCGACUUGUAGAAAAGUAUUUCUCUUUGGUAGUGAUCAAGGGAGAAGGUUAGAACGACUGUAAGCUGCCAGAACAGGUUGAUGCUAGAGGUACGGACCCGUUAAGGUCACUGAAGAGCUGGCGCCGAUUAACUACUAUUUGCUGCACAUUACAGGCAGUUUAUAUGAAUGACUUUGACGGCGAACAUUGUGUAAUUUAACUAAAAAUACACCGUCUCCUCUCACACUUUACGUAGACAUUGUAGUUUUUACACUUUUAGAUGCCGCGUCUAAAUUGUUUGAAGUCCAGUUCCUAUUAAUUAGUUUACCGCGUUCAGUGGUGGAAGCGGCUGACGAACUCCAUUGCAAAUGUUCCCAUUUAAUUUCGGACGCUAAUUUACAAGAUAAAAUUAAGGAUGUCGAAUAUGAAACAAACACUCGUGAAUGGUGAGGAGCAGCUCUUUAAUUUGGCAUGAAUUUAAAAAAAAAACACAAACUCGAUUUACUGUGAUAUUGUGAGAUUUGUUUGUGGUGAUGUAACUUAGCCAUUCAACAGAGUCUGCUAACAUUAAAGUGACUGUGACAGGGUCUGUGUUGACAGACGCAGAAAAUACAUCAGGGUUUUGUUUAGGUUGUUAAUAUGUAAUAGUCUGUCGCUACUUUUGAAGGUAAAAAAAAUACUUAUAGUUUGCUGGCUGUUAGUUCCACCAUUCAUUCCGCAGAUUUCACCUCAAAUCACGGAAGCGCCUUCAUCAGCUUAGCCGGCUCAUUGAUAUCUAUGUCCGUCGGAUUACCAGCCAAUCACGAAGCGCGUUCGUCAGCCAGCUCAUUAAUAUUUAUGUCCGGCUCAUUAAUAUUUAUGGUAAGGUAAAGUGCCGUAUCCGUAGGCCACAGGCUACGGGUACGGGUCCGUAUCUGUAGACACUACCUUCAGAACAUUUCUCCACUGCUUCUACCAACCUGAGCUAAUCAGUUGUUAGCUUUAGCCUAGCAUUUAGCUAACACAGGGACACAUGAGUGGUAUCAGACUUCUCAUCUCACUCUUGCCAGCAAAGAAAUCAGUGCAUUUCCCAAAACCCUUCUUUUAUGGUGACGCUCGGACCUGCUCGUUCCCCUGCUGUUGUCUUGCAGUGUCUCCACCAGGCGUCCGCUGUCCUCCCCUUUCUCCUCCGUCCCUCAUCUCCCAGAGCUCCUGUAAAGAAAAUGUCUUAAUAUAUUGAAAAGAAAAUGUCCGUCCUUCGAACUGCUCUCAAGCUAGAACGCGACAAUAUAUCACAUUUAAAGGUUAUAAUAUCACAGGUGUUUGUAUGCCGUCCAUGUUGUUUAAAUUAAGAAGCGAGUGGUUUCCAUGUAGUGGUUUGGUUUGUAAAUAAUAUAGCUAUUUGGGCCCACAGUAUGCAUCACACUUACAUUUGACGUAAGAGCACUUUUUAUCCCCACUGCUAUGUAAAACCACGUGUGGCGGUCAUACAUGUAAGUGUGUGAGCGGGUGUGUGUUGGUGUUUGUAUGUGUGUGAGUACAUAUAUGUGAGAAAGACAAGACCGUGAGAACUCUUUAUGUGAGCGAGUGCGUUUUUGUGUGCAACUGGGCUCAGCGGGUUGCUUCUGUUCUACUGAUUCGAAACAGCAUUUUUACUGUAGAUAUGAGUGCAUUUUUCCAGUCUUUGGAGUUGAUUUACAUUUUUUCUAGAACAGUUUUUUUUCCUGUCUUCACUGUAACACAUGAUGAAACACAUGUAUGGUCCCCAUAUCUGUAGAUACAAACCAUGAAGCAAUCAGUAGCCAUCUCUCAUUGCGCUUGUAGUGUUUUAGUGAACCGCAUGCAAGAAGUGACUACUGUCCGCUCAUAUGGUAAUAUAAUUUUAAAGCCAAAAGAAUAAAGAACAUAUUUUUUGUACAUGCUCCUUUAUUUUCUCCAUUUUCUGUCACGUCUUUUCUUUGCUCAGUGGUUCCAAACAUUUUUCUGUGCGUGACAUCAGCUCUUCGGUCGUGUGAUUGCUUUACCGGUUGAACAGGAUCAUUCAUGUGAUUCAAGUACGUGUACACAUCUAACUAUGUAUCAAUUUGCAAAAUGUGACAAGUGACAUUUUUUUUGUUAUAACCAAAGAUGUGGCUACAAAACGCAAAAUCUAGAUUUCCAAAAUAAAAUCUAUUUUGGGAAGCAUUA